CGCGUAAACAUAUAAUUGUGACAGUAUGAAGAUCCCAGAGACAUUGGCAAACGUUGGUGCUUACUAUGGAAACGAGGAGAAUGGACAGUGGCAGCAGCCCAACGGCGUUAUGACGGAUUGCGGCGUGGGCGGCGGCGUGGUGGGCGCCGGCGACGCGGGCGUUCAGCGGCCGCCUCUCUACCCCGCACUUGUGCCGAGGUCGCAUCCAGGCUACGUCAUGGCCGGCGCGUAUUACCCCCCGGCGCCCUACGCGGCGCCGGCGACGCCCGACGACUUCGCCGACUACAUGUGGAUGGAGAACGAGGAGGAGUUUGACAAACAGGUGAUACAACAGUUGGAGGAGGAGGCGUUGAUGGAGCAGUGUAUAGAGGCGAUGUUGGAGGACGAGCAGAGGGAGAGGCGCAGGCCGAACGGGCACCAUCAGUAUCCCACAACCAGCAACGGCGCCCCGUCGCUGUCCCUCGCGGAGACCGUGUCCCGCUCCCGCCUCAACCCGCUCGCUGCUGAGUUUGUUCGCUCCCGCCUCAACCCGCUCGCCGCCGAGUUCGUGCCCACCGCCGCCGUCACCAGGACUGUUACAGGUAAUUUAUUGUACAUUACAUAUGUUACAUAG